AUGGUCGAUGAGGUCUUGACCUGGUUUUUGAUACGGAGUUGGGAUGAGCCGUUUAAGCAAUCGAAAGGUCUGUGGCCUUUAUUUCGCCGGGCGGACUGGGCUGCAGAUUGCGAAGGCGAGAUGCCGUUCGCGACUUCUCUCAAGUUCUGGCAGAAUUUCUUAAAGUCUCGAUCUAUGGUAACUAAAUGGGGUCGAGCUCUCGCCCAAGAAUUAUUGUGGUCGCUGGAGCUCUCGAACGUCUUCUUUUCAUCGACUCACCUCCUAUUUCAACCCGUUGAGAAGGAUGUCGCCUUGGACGUUGCUCAAGUCUAUGAGAGCACGUCAUCCGAAUCGGUCAGCAAAUAUUAUUGUUCAUAUAUCUCUUCCCUGGUUGCCUGGCUCUUCGAAAGUCGUGAGGCGAUCACGCCAGGCCUCUUGUCCCUCCUCUCGCAACAGAAUGCUCAGCUGCUUGCUUGGCAGUCAGCAACCUAUCUCUCUGCAACUUACCCAGGCGUGAGUUAUCGCAUCUAUGUAUGGCCUGCGACAAAUAUGUCCCGAGUAGAUUUCGUCAAGUCUCAGUCUUUAAGGUCUUGCGAUCCUGCUGCAUCGCUUUCUGCACUUUCACUUCUCUUGAAACUUGGAGUGUGUGUCCAGGUGUCAGGGUCCAUCACGUGCCUGAUGCCUGAGGCUGCAACUGCUUCCUUCUUCUGA